UUGAGUAGGUGUCUGUUGUGUUCAUUGAAAGGCCUUAUUGUAAGUGACAGAAAGACAAGGCCAUGUGCAUAGAUCUCAGACUUGUGGCUCAUCUCUGGAUAUAAUAUUUAUAAUGGCUGAACCACACAAUGAUUUAGUUAAAGAUGGUGGAAGUAUUCAGAAAAAUAGUGACUUCCAGAAGGUUCCACAAACUGCAGUCAAACUGGAUGAUCAUUCAAUGAUGCCAAUCACGAAGGCAUCAAAUAUCUCAGCGAUCCAAGAACCCAGAGGUGUAAAGACACCUGAAAAAUUGGUAGCAGGGAAAAACAGCCUAAAAACGCCUGGUGCCCCAUUUAUAUCUGAAAGUGAUCGAGUUCAAAAUGGUCCAGUGACAUCAAAGAUUCCAACAAACUCAAACACAUCUGGAAACCUGCGAUCAAAAUUGAAAACCCCAAAGGCAAUCAUGAAAUAUACAUCUGAUACACCUUCUAUGUCAACUCCAUCUAGUACUCCAAGAAAAAUCAUUCAACAACCAAGAUCAAUAAAGAAACCUAAAUCAAAAUCUGAUGAUCUAUUUAAGGCAUCUAUAGAGUCAAACUCAUCAUCAGCAGGAAAACUAAAAUAUUCUGGGUUUCCAGAAGAGCAACAAAUUCCAAAACAACGAACCUUACAGAUGCCAAAAUCUUCAUCAAAGAAGACUGUAUCCUUAACAGCAGCAUCAAAGUUACCAAUUACAUCAAGGCCACCUCAGGUGUCAAAGUUACCCCUUUCAUCAAGAACACAGAGGAAGAAGCAAGAAAAUGCUUCAAAAUUGUCUAUGUAUGAAACCUCUGGAAUAUCUCAAUUAAAACCACGUUCAUUUACAAGGGCUACAUCACCAUCUACGAAAGUUUUAAAAUAUCAAUCAGCAUCAGAUAAACGACCGAGUGUAUUACAAAAACGGUCUACUAAAUCUCAGCAUACUGCAUCAUCUUGCAUUUCAAAUGACAAAAGUACCCCUAAUACUGGUUUAUUGUCUCAGGAACCAGGGAAGAUAUCUGAAAAAUGUAUAUCUGAAACAAAAUCUCAUGUUGGUCCAACUAUCUUCGCAUUGCAUGAUAAUUUACAAAGUACAGCUGACAGUGGAUGUAAGGAAGAAAUUAAUAGAGCCAAGGAGGUCAUAGCAAAUAGUGAAAAAGAUGCAUUUCCAGGAAACGAAGGACAAAGACAAGAGGAAGUAAUGGAUGUUGUUGCAAGGUUAUUGGAAAGAAAAAAGCAAAUUGAAUGUAAUCAAAAUGUUACUACCUCAAAAGCACAUAAACUAGACAACAAGAUUAGUGGAGUUGAAGACACAAGAGAAGAAUCUGAUAAAAGCAAUAAAAUGUCAAAAAAGUAUGCAGUUCCAAAAAGUCAUUUGCCAGACAAUGAAACAUCCAGGCUUGGGGUGUACAGUAAAGUUGACCUUGGUAAUUCAUCCAGAUUUACAGCUUCAAAUGUAUCUGUUACCAGUAAACCUACAAAAAUCACUUCAAGCCUAGAGUCAUCAAGUUCUAUAAUAGCAAAUGUAAAAUCUGCUUCCCCAGGAAAAACUUUUGGAUACUCAUCUACAGUUAAUACUAAAGUGAAAAAAGAUGAAGAUGUAAUUAUUACAAAGAUCAAGGCCAGUAUUGAACAACAAAGUGCUAGCAGUAGGAUAAGGAAAGUUGUUCCUUCAAUGGCUAUUCAAAAAGCAGAGGAAGGUAUUAUAAAGGAACCAUUAAAAAGAUCUCUCACCUAUCCAUCAAAUUCAGGAAAUUUGCAACACAAAGCCAUUCCAAAACCAUCACCUAAAAUAUUGAAACUGAGAGCACCUUCUCAAGCUUCAACAAAGUUACCAAGGACAUUGCCAACACCACAUACAUCAGGUCAGAAGAGUAAUCAACAAUGCAUUAAACCUUCUACAAGUAGAAAUGUGAAGGUUGUAAAUGCAAGACCUCUUUCUUCAGCAACAACUGUACCAAAAUUAGCAGUACCUCAGACAGGAAAGCAGAAUGUUAAAAGAGCUAGUUCAACAGGAUCAAAGAUAUUGAGUGCACCACAAAGUAAAAGAAAUUCUUCAAAUCACCCGUCAAUUGGAUUUACAAAAUUGAAGCCUGGGCAAAUAUCUCCAUCAUGUAGAAUUGUAAAACCAGUUAUCAGACCUCCAUCAGUAAAAGUUGAAGAACAGAAAGGUGUUCAGAUGGAAUCUCUAGAUAUAGUGAUGUCAGACAAAGAUAAAGUGCAUUCGGAUAGUGAAGAGAAAUUAACAGUCACAGAUGAUGAAGAGCUCAGGAAAACACAUUUUCCACAAAACGUAAUGUUUACAUAUCCUAAUGAUGUAUCUGAUAAUGUUAAAAACUCUACAGUUGAAUCAAUUAUAAUCGAAAAAACUAGUGCCAAUGAUUUAUAUCAGCAGGAAUCAGGUGAGAAUGAUGCUGAAUUACUGUGUAAAGUUGUUCAGUCACAUAGUGAUGAUUUGCAAAACCUUAGUGAAGCUGAAGAUGUAGAUUUUGAUAGUAUGUGGAGUGAAAUUGCUAAGGAAAGCCAGAUGAUAAGACAGGAUAUAUUAUCUGAAGCGUCUAUCAAACCUUCAGAGUCAGGUAUUGACAAAGAAGAUGCACUAGAAGUUGAAGAGUCAAAUUCAUUCAAUAACUUGGAAAAUAAUUUCAAUCCAAAGAUUAUCCUUUCUGAUUUAGAAAAUCAUCAACGAUGCGAUGAUAAUUUGCUACAAGAAACCUGUAAAGAAAAUCAGUUCUUGAAGAUAAGUGACAAAAGCGAUAAGUUAUAUCAAACAAAAGUAGAAUGUGAGGAUGCUGAUAGUAGCAAAGUGAGGGAGAAUGAACAACAAGCUUGUGAACAAUUUGAAAUAUCGGAUCAAAAUGACAUGCCAAACCAUUCCAAUUUGCCAUCAUCCAAGAAAGAAGAGACUGAAAAAGAGCCUGUCAGUGAUAAUUGUCCAACUGUGAAAAGGAGGAUGUGGAGAAAUACUGGAACAACAUCCUUAACAAAUACCAGUGAUCUCCAGCAGACGAAAAGGGAAGAUAACAUUCACCAGAGUAGUGAUAUCAAAUAUAAAAAACCAGAUGUUCAAGUAGUGGCUGAAAGUUCUUCAGUUGAAGUUGGAACAGGUUCUUCAGAUGAAAACAGAGAAUUUGAGGAAUUGGAAAUGCAGAUAAACCUAGAGGAAGAUUCUGAGAGUUCAAAAAUAAGUGCUUCAUCUCCAAAAGAUAUCACUUACCUGCAGUUAAAAUCUACUGAAAGCACAGGAAUAGAGGACAUGGCAACACAACCAGCCAAAGAAAAUGGGAAAGGAUUGUUAAGAACUAGCACUACUGAAAGCACAGGAUUAGAGGACGUGGCAACACAGCCAGCCAAAGAAAAUGGGAAGGGAUUGUUAAGAACUAGCACUACUGAAAGCGCAGGAUUAGAGGACAUGGCAACACACCCAGCCGAAGAAAAUGGGAAGGGAUUGUUAAGAACUAGCACUACUGAAAGCACAGGAUUAGAGGACGUGGCAACACAGCCAGCCAAAAAAAAUGGGAAGGGAUUGUUAAGAACUAGCACUACUGAAAGCGCAGGAUUAAAGGACGUGGCAACACAAGCAGCCAAAGAAAAUGGGAAUGAGUUGUUAAGAACCAGCAAUAGAGGGCAGUCUCUUUCAAGUAUCAGCAACAUUGACAACCUCUCAAACGUAUCUUUUCUGUCAGAAGGUGCUCCUUUAGACAAGCUGAGUUCAAAUAUGAAUACUCAGAUUAAGAGCACCAAAGCCAGACCAUCAACCUUAAAAUUCAACUUAAGUCAAACUACUAGAGAGACACCUAAUUCCUCAAGUACAUCAACCCCUAGGAAACCAUUAGAAGGUAUCGACUACACUCCACCAUAUGCUGUUAACAUCCCUACAUCCAAAUACCCUAUCAGAAACAGCCAAACCUGUCCACCAAGCCCAACAUUCAACUGGUUUCCACGUGAUCAAGAAAAGACGAGCUUGUCUGAUUCAGGGCGUCGUCACCACAGACAGUCUGUUGAGAAGUCAAAGAUGUCUGUGAGAGAUUUGGAUCGUAGAAGGUUUUCUCUGCCAUUGUCUUCUUUCACCUGCCCAAGUACUCCAUCUUUUGGUGAAAGCUUAAGUCCCCAUCACUUCAUGUUUCCAAUCAAUGAAGAGGGGUACAAUGAAGAUGAAGUUUACUACAAUUACGAUUUGGAUUUGUCAAGUCAUGCAUUCCAUAACCUGACGGGUGAGAAAUUGACAGAUCUUGAUGUAAGUUUUUAA